AUGGAAUUAAAUCAUAAAGUAAAUGCUUUCUUCACUAUACUGUUUAUGUUAUCAUAUGUAAAACUGAACAAUUGUGCGUCAAUAAAUGACACAAAUAUUUUACUUCGAGACCUUUUGAAAGUUUACAAUAAAAAUGUGAGACCAGUGGAAAAUCAGAAAAACGCUGUCCAUGUAAAUACUAGCCUCUUAAUUGUUUCUAUACAAGAACUUGAUGAGAUUCGUGGAAUAUUUUCAGUCAUGGGAAUUUUGUCAGUGCAAUGGCACGAUGCAAACAUGGUUUGGAAUCCUGAAACAUAUGGUGGGGUAAAGUAUGUGAUGACGUCAUAUAAAGAAGUUUGGGUACCUGAACUGAUUCUCAUAAACCCUGCGGAAGAAGCGGAUACUCUUGGCAAGAAAUGGCAACGAGUUUACUUUCAUCACACCGGAUAUGCGUCAUGGUGGCCCGGGGACCUGAUUAAAAGUACUUGUGCUUUGGAUGUAUCUCGUUAUCCAUUUGAUACCCAAGAAUGCAUCAUUACAUUUGCUGCUUGGGGAUAUUUUGCUGGGCAGGUGAAAAUAAAUCCCAUAAAUGAUCGAGUCGAUUUAAGCUUUUACACUGAAAGUUCAACGUGGAAACUUGCAAAAUCGGAAGUAAACGUGAUAGAUGAAGGGACGCAAAUAAGUUUCCAUGUCUAUCUCGAGAGAAAAGCCGGUUUUGUGAUCGUUAAUAUAGUUCUUCCCCUAACCUUUCUUAGUUUGCUAAAUGCAUUCGUGUUUCUGCUUUUACCAGAAUCUGGAGAGAGAAUUUCUUACUGUAUCACCGUUUUGUUAUCUAUAGCCGUAUUUAUGACAAUUGUGAGUGAGACCCUCCCAAAGAGUUCUGAACCAGUACCAUUUAUCUCGUACAAACUGAUGUUUGACAUGGUGAUCAGCUCCGUUAUUACUCUGGUUACAAUAUUGAACCUGCGAUUAUACAAUAGAAAUGAAACAGAAAAUAUUCCGCACUGGUUGCAAUCUAUGUAUCUAUUCCUAGCGCGUAAGCGAUCUAUGUCCAAAAUUCGCCCUAUCAAAGACAAUGCUAAAGGAAAGAAAAACGAAGUAAAUCAGUCCAAGGCCGGAAAUGGAAAUACAUGUAUGAACCGGAAAGGAUCAGAACGGAGGGAUUCAAGAUACCUGACAGACAUGCAUAUCUCUAGAAAACCAUCAGUCGCGCUAAUUGACUUGGAAGAGGUUCCAAAUGAAAGAAUUGAAAAACAACUGUGGCCCGGUGACCUGAUUAAAAGUACUUGUGCUUUGGAUGUAUCUCGAUACCCCUUUGAUACCCAAGAAUGCAUCAUAUCGUUUUCUGCUUGGGGAUACUUUGCUGAGCAGGUGAAAAUAAAUCCCGCAAAUGAUCGAGUCGAUUUAAGCUAUUACACUGAAAGUUCAACGUGGAAAAUUGCAAAAUCGGAAGCAAACGUCUUACCCGGAGGGAUGCAAAUAAAUUUCCAUGUCUAUCUGGAGAGAAAAGCCGGAUUUGUGAUCGUUAAUAUAGUUCUUCCCCUAACUUUUCUUAGUUUGCUAAACGUAUUCGUGUUUCUACUUUUACCAGAAUCUGGAGAGAGAAUUUCUUACUGUAUCACCGUUUUGUUAUCUAUAGCCGUAUUUAUGACAAUUGUGAGUGAGACCCUCCCAAAGAGCUCUGAACCGGUACCAGUUAUCUCGUACAAACUGAUGUUUGACAUGGUGAUCAGCUCCGUUAUUACUCUGGUUACAAUAUUGAACCUGCGAUUAUACAAUAGAAAUGAAACAGAAAAUAUUCCGCACUGGUUGCAAUCUAAGUAUCUAUUCCUAGCGCGUAAGCGAUCCGUGUCCAAAAUUCGCCCUAUCAAAGACAAUGCUAAAGGAAAGAAAAACGAAGUAAAUCAGUCCAAGGCCGGAAUUGGAAAUGCAUGUAUGAACCGGAAAGGAUCAGAACGGGACCGGAGGGAUUCAAGAUACAUGUUAGAUAUGCAUAUCUCCAGAAAACCAUCAGUCGCGCUAAUUGACUUGGAGGAGGUUCCAAAUGAACGAAUUGAAAAACGGCUGGUAAGAAUGAUUUCAGAGGCGGAAGAAAAUGGCGAUUUCCAGACGUGCGUUAAUUGGAAAAAUAUCAGUAACAUGGUAGACGGAAUCGCUUUUGUAUUGUUCAUUUUGCUUUCAGUUUUCAGCGUUGUAUUUUUUAUGAUUAUAACAUUUAAAUAAUGAUAUAAUUAAGAAGACUGAAGCACUUUCGAUAUCUAUAAGUGGUUUCAUUUGAUACACUGUUUAGGUCAUGUAAGUGGUACGAGUUGCAUUUGUUUAUUAUUUGCAACAUUUCUUUAUUGAAUGUACCCAAUGUUGUGAGCAUUAUAAGAAAACUUUAACAAGUUUUUUUUAAAAAGUGUUGUAAACUACUAAACAUGUACAGUCAAACUUGUGCUAGCGACCACCCGUGCAUAUAGAAUUCAGGAAGGUGUUGUAUUAUACGUUGUAAAUAAGUCAGUCAGUCUCAUUGUGAAAUCCUGCGUCUGAUGUGAUUCCGAGUAACGGGAAUUCUUCAUGUCCGAAAUAGGAUAGAAGCAGGAGGAUCCUGGUCAUCCUCUGCUGUUUAUGCUCUUUAAGAAUGAUAUCCAUCUUAUAUAGAUGAUAUGUUUAUUUAUAAUGCAAUUUGCUAGAUGCUGAUGAGCAAGUCCAUUUAGCAAACAUAUCAGAAACGAAUUUGGGAUCAAUAAUAAAUACAACAAAAUCCUAAGCAAUGAUAUUUUAGAAAGAUCACCACAUAACGUGCAACGGCUACAUAUACAAUACAAAAAUAGAGAUGGUAAAUUCAUUUAAGUACAAGGGAAUCACCGUCUGUAAAAAUGGUUACUGGUCUAGAACCCCAAAACAUUGAUUAGUAUGCAUCAUUUGUAUUGUCUUAUUUCAGAAAGUAUCGAGAAAGCUAUACUAGUAUUGUGUCACAGAAAUUUUAGCUAUUUGAUACUCUAGAUGCAUCUAUUUUAGAUUUCGGAGCAAAAAUAUUGGAUUUUCAUAUUGCGAAAGAUGUUGAAUUAAAACAUUUGCAAUUCAUUAGAAGUAUAUUUGGCGUUUAGAUGUCCAGAAUGCAUCGGCGCAAUACAUGCACGUGAAAAAGAGAGAUUUCCAUUUAAAAUACAAAAGAGGAUGAUAAUGUUAAGAAUAAGAUAGUGGAUGAAAAUAACUGGCAUCUCCCAGGUCGCCAAGCACGCCUAAAAUGAAAAUGUUACAGGUGCGCUUUUAUUGAUAAGAUAACAAAACAGAUGCAACUUAGACCGGGCGCUAAUUAUAAACUGAAAUUCUAAUAACAAUAACUUGACAUAUCAACCUAAAACUGUUCUUAGAUUCCCAUGGAUUCUCUCAAAAGUGGAUUAAUCUAGAUUUCCUAGAUAUUCCAUAGGAAAUUACCAAGGCCUUUUGGUAUUCUGAUGCAAAAUUGUUUUAACUCUAGUUUUCUUCUCUACUUCCAGUAAAAACUUAGAAAUGAUCUAGCGAAAAUCAUUCAUUUUGUAAUGGAAGUGAAGAAUGCAUAACAUGUUUAAUGUCGUUUUUUGUGUUCUGUCAUGUAAAGUUUUAUAAUUGUACAAAUUUUGCGAAUACUUACAACAUUGUAUUUUAUUGACUUUCAACAUAAUUUUAACCAGUAUAUAAUUGUCUCCUCUGAAAAUAUUCAUGUACCUCUUUACUCUAUAUGGAUGUUUGCAUUUGUUAUGUACAUUGUAUUUACAUGUUGUCUGCAGUAAAAUUUUGAAUUUGAUUUGGAAACAGUAAAGAAUAUUGUACAAUUGUAUUUUAUAUACAUGUAUUUAUACAAUGCAUAUAGUACGUUUAUAG